AUGGAAGCAAUUACACAACUCAAAAAAUUUAUGUAAGUCAUUUCAAAUUAUAUAAUAAGUGGUCAUCAUUUUAAUGUUAAGAACUUUCAUAGGUAUAUGAUUAACAAUGACAUCUCAGAUGUUGAAACAUUGAUCAAAUUUUGUUAAUUAGAUAAUACUGGAUAGAGAUUUAAUUUAUGGAGAUUGUUUUUUAAGUAUUAUGUAGUUUCAUUAUAGUAUUUACUCCAUAGAAGACACAGUCUUUGAUAAAAUAGGUAAGUUAACUAAAACAAGGGAAACAUAUAAAUAAUUAGAGUAAAAGUAUUCGAGAUCUUAAGAAGUGUCAUCUACAACUAAGAUUGAAGAUUAACCAAAAAAAGGUCCUUUAGGUGGUCCCUUAGGUGGUCCAUUAGGUGGUCCAUUAGGAGGAGGAUCUAAAAUAAAGACAGCAACAUAAAACCCAAUGGAAGAUGCUGAAUUAAGAAAUGAAAUAAGAAAGGAUGUUGAAAGAACAUAUUAAGAAAUUUAAUUUUUUGCUAAUAAAAAAGUGUUACAGAUAUUGACUAGUGUAUUGUUUAUAUGGAGCAAAGAAAAUAGUGAUAUCUCAUAUAGACAAGGUAUGAAUGAGGUUGCAGCUUCCUUAAUUCAUGUAUAUUUUCAAGAAGCUCUUUAUUAAGAUGAGAUUGAUAAAAUACAAGGAGUAUACAUUUUUAUAUGAUAAAGGCCUCAGAGGAUGAUAAAUAAAUCUUAUUAUAAUUCAAUUCAUGGGAACAUGCUGAGGCUGACAUCUAUACUCUCUUUUAGAAAUUGAUGAAUGAUGCAUAACAUAUGGAAAUGUUCAGACCAAAUUAUACUGAAGCCUAAAAGAUAAAAUUAUAAAGUAAAAAGCCUAGUGCAAUUUUAACAAGAGUUUCUAAAAUUUAAGAUAUACUUUUAAAAUAAGUUGAAAUGCCUUUAUUUAGACAUCUCAAAUUAUUACAAGUAGAAUUUUAAAUAUUCUUAUUAAAAUGGAUAAGGUAUUUAUAAUAUUAUAAAUAAAAUAGAUGUAUGUUUACUAGAGAAUUACAUUUAAUAGAAUCAUUUAAAGCAUGGGAUGCAAUCUUCUUUGAUUUUUAUGAAUAAAAAACAGAAACAUUAUUCUUUGUUGAUUGUAUAGCAAUUGCAAUGAUAUUAUAUGUGAAAUAGCCAAGUAUUAAUUAUAAUUAUUUAAUAAUAGUAAUGGAAAUGGAAGACUCUAGUUAAUGUUAUUAAAGAUUCCUUAAAUAUCCACCAGUUUCUAAUUUACCAGCUUUACUUGAGUCAGCCAUUAAUGUUAGAGCUAUUUUAUUGAAUUAAAAAUCAGCAACUAAUCUAGAUGAUUAAAAUGAAUCAAAUUUACCAGCUAUAUAUUCAGAUAAACAAUUUAAUCCUGUGUUUUUUGCUUAACCAACAGACAAAGUGGAUGGAGUAGUAGAUGCUAAGGUUGUAAAGAUUACUUCUGAAAAACCAUAAUUUAGAAUGAAAGGUGAUGUAGAUCUAGUCUACAAAGAUGAAACUUCUCCAGAUAAAUCAAAUUAAAAUUAGCAAUAAUUUACAAAUCCUUUAUAACCAAGAUAAAUACCUCAAUAAUAAAAGCCUUAGUAAUAAUAGUAACAAUAUUAAUAACCCUAACAAUAAUAAUAAUCAAAUUCUUAAGUCACUCAGAAUAAUAAUUAAUCAUCCAUUACAACAAACUUUUUCGAUUCAAGUUUAUCAAAUACAAAUGUGAAAACAAUAAAAACAUAAUUUUAAGUAGAGGAAUAAUCAUAAUAAGUUAAAAAAGAUAAAGGAUAAGUUCCAUAAAAAAAUUCUAUUUAGAUUCCUAUUUAAUAAGCUGAAGAAAUGUUUAACACUUUGGAAGAGACCUUAAAGUUUAUGAAAUAAUUUAAAGAUAAGUAUUAUUAAAUAAUUAUUAUAGUUCAAACUAUCAGGAUCUUUUAAUGAAUUUGACAGAGAUGAAAGAUUAUUUUGAUACUUAGAUUAAGUAAAAUUUUAAAUUAAUAUAUUAGUGAAAAUUCUUAAUAAGUAAAAUAAUAAUAAUAAUAAAAUCAAUAAGAUGAUAGUGGUAUAUCUAGUAAAGUAGUAGGAUUCCUAAAGAAAAAAUGGUGA